UCACAUGUUGUUAUUCUCCAGGAUCAGAUCAGUCUCCCUGGUCUGGUCGGACGCAGGAGAAGUGUCUGCAAUGGAUUAGAUCAUCCAUUUCAUCCAAGCGCCAUCUCUUUGGAGUGAUUUGGCUGUGCGUAAAAUCAAAGAAACGCGCCUCUUGGGUAUUUGGAAGUUGAGGUAAGGGGAGAAUAAAAAAGAAGAAAUGGCAAGUCCUCCUCAUCCUCCUCAUCCUCCUCCUCACCUGUCUCCAAAUGGGACGAUAGGGGUGAAGAAGUGUGGGUACCUGAGGAAGCAGAAACAUGGGCACCGGCGGUUCUUCGUCCUCCGAGAGCCGACAGAGAGCUGCCCUGCGCGGCUGGAGUACUAUGAGAGUGAGAAGAAAUGGAGGAACAAGUCUGUCGCCAAACGUGUCAUAACUUUGGACUCAUGUCUGUGCGUAAACAAGCGAGCCGACGCAAAGCACAAGCACCUCAUCGCCCUCUACACCAAGGACGAGUACUUCGCAGUGGCUGCGGACAGCGAGCAGGAGCAGGAGGACUGGUACACGGUGCUGACAGAUCUCAUAGCCGAGGGGAAAGUGUACGACAGCCCAGCUUCCACCUCCUCUUUAGUGGGCUUUGAGGAAGCCAGCUAUGGACUCAUUACCCCUGCAACAGCUGCUUAUAAGGAGGUGUGGCAGGUCAACUUGAAAUCCAAAGGCCUGGGUCAGAUCAAGAACCUCACUGGAGUGUACAGGCUGUGUUUGUCCAGCAGGACCAUCAGCUUUGUCAAACUGAACUCUGAAACAGCCGCUGUCAGUUUACAGCUCAUGAACAUCAGGCGGUGCGGCCACUCUGACAGCUUCUUCUUCAUAGAGGUGGGCCGCUCGGCAGUGACCGGGCCCGGGGAGUUCUGGAUGCAGGCGGAGGACUUGGUGGUGGCACAAAACAUCCACGAGACCAUCCUCGAGGCCAUGAAGGCCAUGAAGGAGCUGUCUGAGUUCAGGCCGCGUAGCAAGAGCCAGUCCUCCAGCACCAACCCCAUCUCUGUGCCCACGCGGCGCAACCUCAAUAACCUCCCCCCCAGCCAGACGGGCCUGGUGAGGAGAUCCAGAACAGAUAGCAUGGCAGCUACGUCGCCGGGGAGAAAGUUCACGUCCUGUCGGAUUAGAACAGCCAGCGAGGGGGACGGGAGCGUGACCCGGCCCGUGUCCAUGUCAAUAUCUGUCAACGGGAGUCCCACCAGUCCAAACUCUGGGAAUCACCUCAUCAGGUCCCACACCCUCAGCAGUGGGCGCACCUGCAGGAUGCUAGAUUCCUCCUCCAGCCUGCAUCAUAGCCGGUCCAUGCCGGUGUCAAACUCCCCGCCGGGCACCUCCAGCCCCAUCAGCAUGUCUCCCAGAGGGGGGGCCAGAAUCUGCACUCCUGACAAAGCCAGGCGGCCUUUCAGCUGCAACGCCUCAAUCUCCGGCUCCCUCAGUGACACUGGCUUCAUGCUGUGUGACGAUUACAGCUCCAGCCCUUGUGAACUCCGAUUCAUCCCCCUGACCCGCAGCGACACCCCCGACUCUCUGUCCAGCACGCCCCCUUCCCGUGACAUCAGCGACCCUUGUGGCUACAUGAUAAUGGAGGGGGCGAAUGGCAGCAGCUCAGGGGCUGGCGGCGACAGCUUGGCGCAAGACAAGGCUUACAGGAAGCGGACGCACUCCCUCACCACUCCACGUCAACAGAGGGUGGUGGCACCGCUGUCCUCCGCCUCCCUGGAUGACUACACGCUCAUGAGGAUGGCCCACGGACAGAACUCUCACUCCGCCUCGCCCAAAGUGUGUUACCCAGAGGAUUAUGGAGACAUUGAAAUCGGUUCGUCCAGGAGCUCCAGCAGUAACCUUGCUGAUGAUGGCUACAUGCCAAUGACGCCAGGUGUGGCAGCCCAGUCGGGCAAGGUAGACAACUACAUGCCCAUGAGCCCCAUGUGUGUUUCAGCACCGAAGCAGAUUGUGAACCCUAGGGUGCAUCCUCAGGCGGCUGCCAGCGGUGGCUACAAGACCAACUCCCCCUGCAGCAGCUCUCUGGAGGACAACGGCUACAUGAGAAUGUGGUGUGGCUCCAAGUCCUCCAUGGAGAGCCCAGACAGGCACGGUGAAUACAUGAACAUGUCGCCUGGAAACCCCCAUCCACUCCAGACACCCCCUGACUACUACUUGGGCCUGCUAGCGGGUGAUUCGGCGUCAGUGAGGUCAGCGUACCAGGCCGGCUCCCUCACGCUCCCUGCUAAACUUCAGUCCUCCAAGAAUGAGGAGAGCAGCCAGUACGUGUUGAUGAGCCCUCAGAGUUUGAGGCAGAGGGCGGGGGAGUCGGACUAUUAUUCAGUGAUGCAGCCCAGUUCAGCACAGACCUCACCGCUGAGCCCCUCGGUACCCUCCCCAGUCAGACACGGUCGGGUGGAGAACCUGCCCUACAGGGGGAGGCUCGGCAGGCCUAACCGGCUAUCCCUGGACACCCUGAGGACCCUGCCCAGCAUGAACGAGCACCCCCUCCCCGGAGAGCCCCGGAGCCCUGGAGAAUACAUUAACAUUGACUUCAGCGGCGCCAGAUUCUCCCCGCCCUCUGUUGUCUCCACAGAGAGCCAGUCCUCAUCGCCGGGCUCCAGCGGUGGGGGCCCGGGGAGGUCCUCUCUGUCAGACUACAUGAACCUGGAACUGGGCUCACACUCACGCAAAGAGGCUCACACUCCCGCUGAACGCUUGGAUACACUCCCAGAGUUAUCCAUGUGCUCAGAGGAAGAUGGAGUGUACCAUCAGGAUGGUGAGAAAGGGUGUCAGGGCCUCGGUGAUGAGGUGAAAAAUGACUACACUGAGAUGACAUUUGGGAUGACCAGCUCGCCCCCACAGCUUGUUCCUCAGAACACAGCAAGCUGCCAGAGCAGCAGGGAAAGCAGGCUCUCCCUGGAAGACCAGGGGGUCCCAGAAAGCAUUGGGGUCUUCCUGCUUGGGGCCACCUCCUCCCCCACAGUGGACCCCGACUGUUCCGCCAAGGUGAUCCGGGCCAACCCGCAAGGACGUCGUCGCCACAGCUCCGAGACCUUCUCCUCCACCGCCACCGUGACGCCGGUCUUCCCCUCCUUCGCUCGCGGCGACGCGAUGAAGAGGCACAGCUCUGUGGAGAACAUCUCGUCCCGGAGCAGCGAGGGCUCGGACGAGGAGUACGGCAGCCCUGUGAACCGCCAGAGCUCGGCCGCCUACCCGAACGGGCUGAACUACAUUGCCUUGAACCUGCUGGACAACAGGGACGUGGAGAAAUGCGAAGACCUGGCCGGCUUCAAACCCACAAGCAGCUGCAAAGGGGGCAUCAAUGGAUUACACAGCUCACCAUAUGUCUGUUUAGGAUUCAAGGAGGCUGCAACCACUGCCAAAGACUGAAGGACUCCUCUCUCCUCUGAAUUGGCGUCUUCACCAACCUGCUGCUCAAAAAUAGAAAAAAGACUCCUCUUUGCCCUUCCACCGGGCUUUGUGGCCCUAAAAGACUGUCUGGACCUUCAGCAACACUCACACACACGUAGGAAACAAUGCAGGUCACCGUUUAUGCAUGUCAUGAGUUUCGCUGAAGGCAGGACAGGUGUGUUCGUGUAUAUGUGUGUGUUUGUGUGUGUGUGUGGAGGGGGGGUGUUUGUGUCGUGUAUCGGAGCAUCUCAUGUUCCCUGCGCUUACAAAGGCCAUCUCAUCUGUGACCCACAUUUUGGCGCAAGCACAGAAGCAAAGAUAGUCAGAUAGUAACAAAACUCUAAUGGUACCCAGAUACUAUUUAUCUACUUGAGGGCAGUUUUACGACUGCCCUGUGUGAGUGCGAGUGUGUACAACCAACCGGUAUGACAGUGAACAAAGUAACUUACCAUACAUAUGGCCCAGGGAGCGAGGAUACCAAGGUACACUGAGUAUAUAACUAUAUUUAGAUGAAUAUGUUAUUUAUUUUUGGAAGAUGAAUGUCUGAUAAGACCUACUCGAUGCCUUAAUGUCUAUACUGUCCUUAUGUUUUCUAUGAAAUAAGAGAUAAAUAUUCUAUUACGGUAUGUCUGUGUGGACCUACAUCUCUAUAUUGUUAUUCUGUUGUGUAACUUAAAAAAGCUUACCAGUUAAGAUAUUAUUUCAGAAAUAUACAGUACAGUGGGGCUGCUUGAGAUCUGAUUUAUCGUAUUGAUAUUAAAGUAUUUUCUUAAUUACUAAUUUCUUAUUUAUUCUAACGUAGUUUAUUUUCUGUCCAAUCAAAGCGCUGGACUUAGAGAAUUAUAUUUCUAAAUGUCGUUGAGAGUUAUGCAUGUCUUUAUAACUCGGCUCAGACCCCCAACACCAGGCAUCUGAAUGCACUGUACCUCCCACAGUUCCUCAGUUCACUUGAGCCCGUAGACCUCACACACUCCUACCUUCAAACCUGUACGGCCUGCCGCUGAGGCCGCUCUGCUGUGAUGUCAUUGGACGGUACAACUGUAUAGUUGAGGUGACGACAGAGGGGGGGGAGCCGAUGAAAAAUGACACAUUUGGGGCACAGUGGAGACGGUUUAUGGUCAACCAUUGAGGGCUGAAGUGAGGGGCGUAGGGCCCGACAGUGACGACGGUGCUGGACAAUCCAUGAAAAAGUAGAAUCCACAUCUGGCACCAUCAUGGAGGGUCACUGGAAAUCCAGCUGUGUGGAAAAUAAAGCUGUAUUGCAGAUAGCAUAACAAGUUUGAUCUGGCCAAAGGGAAUUAUGUAAUGUUACAAGUUAAAGCAAAACUAUGUAACUAGCCUAUAUCACUAAGUGACACCUAUGUAAUCACAAUGACAGGAUAAUGCUAAAACAAAUUAUAAUGCUUCGCUGAUAAAUUCAAAUUUUGAAUAGUUAGAAAAAGAACGUCUUAUUUCUUUCGAAAGUAACAUAGUCUCGGAAACUGAAACUGAAGCUUUGACCCUCCAAAAUGGCCACCAGACGGUUAGUUAACAUCAUCUGAAAGCCCUCUGUAAUGGACUGUUUGGUCCUUGAGUCGUCCACUGUGCCAACUCCAGCAGGCUCACAACCUCCUUUAGUGUACAGUAGAUUGUAAAACUUUAAACCAUGUCUGAAUGUAUCGCUGGGCUGGUCGGAACACCACACAAACAUAACAUGGGUAACGGUUUUUGUCAGAGCUGAAUAAUAUUGGAGCUGUACCAUGCUAAGUUGUGGUAUCUAUUUAUCUACAGAGUCUUGAAUGUGUAUAUUUUGUACAUAGAAAGAGUUUAACUAAAAAUAAUCUAUUGAAAAUACAUAGUUCUUAGAUUUUACCUAUGUUGCAAUGAUAUUCCCGUGUAAAGACUUUGGCUACGGAUUUUUCAAAAGGGGAUGGGGUUUUUGCUUUGGGGUUGUACAGUGUAUUGUAUGCUUUUAUCCCUCACAGUCUGACUAUAUGAAAAAAAUAAUAAUCUGUCUAUUUUAUUAUAGAGAUCUCUUUGCCUUGUUGACACACUUUACCUAACGGCAUAUGCAAUAGUGACAUGAAUACAAUCUAGUUUACAACCGUGGAACCAAAUGUAACAUUGCAUUGAUGAUUUAUUUUCUUCUUCUUGUGGCGAGCAGAAGAUGUUUUUCUCCGUGUACAUUUCUCUUUCUGCCAAGUGUUUUGUUUUUCUGUCGCUGGGAACUUUGUUCUCGACAUGUCUCAAAGCGCUUUCCCCAUUUCUCUGUCCAUGGACAGACGGAUUGAUCUUGGAUUGACUCAGUCUGAAUGCUUCGUUGUCUUCCAUUGUACAUAAUUCAAUAUACUGUUUAUUGUGAUGCUCACAAGAGAUGAUUAUAAUGAUUUAUAAAUUCUGGUAGUCAAGUAUUGCUUUUGUCUGUAUUGAUUAUGGAUAGCAACCUACAGAAAUAAAUGAAUUUAUUUAAAGAAUUACAA